GCAGCCGGGCGGGUCAGCCACGGGCCAGGGGCGGAGCGGCAGAGGGCGGGACGGGUGAGCAUCCAGGAAACACCGGUGAUCGGGCCAGGCCUGGCCGACAGAAUGAAAACUAUGAGUCCCCGGUGUCACUGAGGCCUAGCUGCGGUCAGGCCCCGGUGCUGACACCAUGUGGAACCGCCUGGGAGCUUUCCUGCAGCAGGCCGUGGAGUCGCGGGAGCCGAACCAGGACUUGCUGCAGUCAUUUGUACAGCACUGGAGAGGUGUGACCCAGUACUACCUAGAGACCACCGAUGAGUCCUGCCCAGCCCGCAACACAGACAUCCCAUGGCGGCUGCGUCAGCUACUGGACAUCCUGGUGUUUGAGGAGAGGGAGCUGGGGAGCAGAGCGGAUGCAGGGGGUGGAGAUAAUGGAGGACCUGCUGACAACACGGGACCCUGCAUGGAGUAUCUAUUACAGCACAAGAUACUAGAGACGCUCUGCACCUUGGCUAAAGCAGAGUACCCCCCUGGGAUGAGGCAACAGGUCCUCUUAUUCUACAGUCGUCUUCUGUCCAAGGUGAAGCGCCCCCUGCUGCACUAUAUCAACGUCCACAGACCUGUACAAAAGCUGAUCGCACUGGGAGGAGACACUGUUGGGGUCACCGCAAAUAAGGAAGAAUUGCAGUUUCUAACGUCUAUCUGCAGUAAGCUGGAGACAGACCCCUCACUUCUUUGCCAUGUUCUAGAGAGUGAGAACGUGAAGGAGGCUCUGUGCGCUAAGGCGGAGGAUGAAGAAGCUGCGGAAUCCUCCAACCGUAAACCUAAACAGACCUUAUUCAAAGCUUUAUUGAGACUAUGCCUGUGUCAGUCACAGAAAGGCCGGUUGGCAGUACAUGCCCGAGAGGCACUCCUCGGGGUUCUGCGUACUGCUCGGGAGGAGACCUCCGCACGCCUCAUUGCACAGAGUGACCUAAGCCAGCAAGUGACGGAACGGCUGUGUGAGCUGCACGAUGGCAUUCCCCUAAGCACUCAUCCAUGCGACAUCACAGCCCAGGCGGGCACAGACUGGAGGGUGGAGGUAAGCAGUGAGGACUUAGAUGCCAUGCCUCCUGAAGUGUCGGCUGUGCGGCGGUUCCUCUGCUGGGCGGAGUACUGUGACUGCCUGCUACAGGAGUCCCAUCAGAUGGUCGCAGUGUCAAUAGCAGAUUCCAUCAUGGAGGGCUACCUGCGGCGGACUCUACAGGAUGAGCUGCUGGAGGUAUCAGAACUACGUAUCCUGCGCAGCACGGCUCUGCUCACUGCGCUGCUCCAGCGCCUGCACUCAACCCAGCUUCUGUAUCAGCUCCUCGCUUUCCUGCUCGGAGAGGAUAGAGGUCCAGAGAAGAAGAGUGACGGAAGCCCGCAGCUCCGGUCUCGGCUCAUCCAGAGGUGUAACCACCUGUCUGAUGAGAUAAGUCUCGGGUCACUGCGGCUGUUUGAGGAAAUUCUUCAGUUACCGGUGGCGAUUGGUGUGCACAGCCUGAUUCUCCGUAACCUGGAGGCACGUGGGUACCUGGCAGCGGCUAAUGAGGACAGUCGGGCACAUGAGAGUGAAGCCUUUGAAGGCACAGAUGAACUGGAAGAAGACCCAUAUUUCACAGAUGGUUUCCCAGACACUGGGAUGAGCCUUACGGGAAGAAACCAGCAUAGAGGUGGGGAGGCUUUGGGAACAGAACAAAGUGUGAGGAGUUUCCUGUCCCUUGUUCCUGAAGACAUGAAAUCCUCAGACACAGGAUUUGACACUUACCUGCAGGACGCCCUGGUACAGUACCGAAGCUGCCGCCAGCAGUCGUCAACCUGGGGAUGGCCAGGCUCCCCCCAACCCCUGAGCACAGACGGCCAGGGACAGGAAUUCUAUGAGGGACACUUCCUGGAGAUCCUGUUUGAUCGUUUGGGGAGUAUCCUGGAUCAGCCCUACGAAGUGAAUCUACAAGUCACGUCCUUGCUCACCCGCAUUGCCCUCUUCCCUCAUCCACAUAUCCAGGAAUAUCUUCUGGAUCCCUUCAUCAAUCUGGCCCCAGGAGCCCGCACUCUCUUCUCUGUGCUUGUACGGGUGGUUGGGGACCUUGCUCAGCGAUCUUUGCGAGUGUCCAAUUUCCAAGAGAUGCUGCGUCUUGUGAGAAGACAAUUGCUGGAGGAAACACCUGAUGAGCCCAGGUUGGCUCAUGAAACCCUGUGCCGAGGAGUGGUGGUCCUGGAGGAGUUUUGCAAGGAGCUGGCAGCAGCAGCUUGUGUCACCCACCAUCCCCUUGGUGUAUAACCGUGCAGUGACAAUGUGACCUGGGAAUAGCCAUGAAUCUACGUGCAAUAGCUCUUAUAACGUCUCCCUGUGGAGGCAACGAAAGACUUUGUCAGUGAUUUUUUUUUUUUUAAACCGCCUUGUGCCUUAUUUCCAAGCCCGGCUCCCAUUAAAAGUUGGAGAAGCUGGGUGCCUCCGUUUUACUGCCGGUACUGUGAUUUACCUUCAAGGGCUCCAACACUAAUAGUGCCCAGUGCAUCAGCUCAUGCAGCCCCCUAGUGGCUGCCCUGCUUACUGCUGCAGAGUCUUUGUGGGCCACACAUUGUGCUGCUACAACUCUCCUGAGCAUUGAUUUUAUCAUUCGGUGUUAUCUUGUAUUUGUUAUUAGUUCUCUUCCUUCAUUCAGUGUGGAGACGGUCUAUAUGAGGUGCUCUUUUAUCCCGUCCUCCCCCACCACGAGCACCAGCCUGGUCCAUGUAAAUAAAUGUGUUUAUGUGGUUUGUUUUCUGUAUCCUUCAGGUCUAGCUGUGUUUCUCAAAUGAACAGAUUGUAGACACAAAACUGUUGGACAGGUGACUUGUAGGAAGUCCCACAGCAACCAAUAGGAUUAUGUUGUUUUUGAAACAACUGGCUGCUAUGUGACGCCUUCUGCUUGUCUUCCUGCGGAACAGUUUAUACACUGCACCCCCGUAUGUUCCAUACUUCCCAUCUGCACACAGUGCACUCUUCAUGGGUUUUCUCCGAAACAUAUGAAAUUCAUAAAACAAUUCAGCAUCACUACAGUUUCCAUUAACUGUGAAUCAUUGAUGUGCAUAAUGUAUUGUUCCUGCAAAUGAUGUCACUUACAGGCUCCGUUCCACAAAAAGAAUUUGAUUUUGGUAAAUGUACAGGGGAGAUUUAUAGUUCUGCUAACAAAAUGUUUUAAACCAUUGUAUGAAUUCAUCAAAUAUGUUUUUAAAA